AAGAUAUUGUUGGAUUGUGUUGAUUAUAGAGAUCGUAGAAGUCUUGAGAGUAAAAGUUGGAUUCUCUUUUUACUAGCAAAAUCGCAGCAUUAAUGGCGAAAUUUCUUAUUUUGGCUUGAUUUGAUUUUGAGAGUUGUUGCUUCUCUAGUGUGAAAAUGGCUACCGAAGGGAUCUUGUCUUUUUCUAUGGCUUCCGUUGUAGAGGAUGUUCUUCAACAGCACGGGACUCGAGUGAGCGAUGUUGAUUUAGCAUCGAGGAAGGCAGAAGAAGCAGUACUUAGAAGGUAUGAGGCUGCCGGGUGGCUGCGAAAGAUGGUCGGAGUGGUUGGAGCUAAAGAUUUGCCGGCUCAGCCAUCUGAGGACGAAUUUAGGCUUGGGUUGCGAAGUGGGAUAAUCCUCUGCAAUGUUGUCAAUAAGGUUCAACCUGGUGCAGUGCCAAAGGUUGUGGAAAGUCCAUCUGUCACUGUUGUUGUCCCUGAUGGAGCUGCAUUAUCAGCAUAUCAGUACUUUGAAAACGUGAGGAAUUUUCUGGUAGUUGUGCAGGAUAUGGGGCUUCCUACCUUUGAAGCAUCCGAUCUGGAGCAGGGAGGGCAAUCUUCAAGGAUUGUGAACUGCGUUCUGGCACUUAAAUCCUACAGUGACUCCCGACAGUGUGGUGGAAACCGAAUGUGGAAAUUUGGAGGAAAUUUGAAAUCCACUGGCUCAGGGAAGUAUGUUGUAAGGAAAAAUUCUGAACUUUUCACAAACUCACUAUCAAGGAACCAGUCAAUGAAUGAGAAAUCCGUGGAUAGUUUAUCCCCUGAACAAAGCUUAAAUAGUGAUCUUACUGAAAUGAGUACCUCUCAAUCCGUGAAUAUGCUUGUACGUGCAGUUCUAUCAGACAAGAAGACUGAGGAAGUUCCAGCGUUGGUGGAGUCAAUGCUAAGUAUGGUUAUGGAGGCGUUUGAGCGUCGUCUUGCAAGUCAAAAUGAGCUGAUGAAAACAGCUGUAAAAGAUCUGGCUGCAUCUAACGGCAACAAAUCGCUUUCAAAGACUGCUUCUUGUGAAGUGAAGGUGGGGUUGGAUAAUGAGAAUGCGGCAAAGAUGAACAAAGAGAAAUGCUUAUUUGAAAAAACUAUCCAUGAUGAUGGGUCAAAAAAACAGAUUAUGAAGCAGCAGAUGCUCCUUGACCUACAAGGAAGAGACAUUCAGGAACUGAGACAUACUCUAUGUGAAACAAAAGCUGGGAUGCAGUUUAUGCAAAUGAAGUGCCUUGAGGAGUUCAACACUCUUGGUAUACAUAUGCGUGGUCUAGCUCAUGCGGCCUCUGGAUAUCAUAAAGUUCUUGAAGAAAACCGUAAACUAUAUAAUCAAGUACAAGACCUUAAAGGAAGUAUCAGGGUCUACUGCCGAGUCAGACCCUUCUUGCCUGGGCAACCAAACCGAUUGAGCACUGUGGGUCAUAUAGAAGAAGGAAAUAUUACAAUCGUUACCCCUUCAAAAUACGGAAAAGAAGGACAUAGAUCAUUUACUUUCAACAAAGUUUUUGGUCCAACUGCAACUCAAGAGGAAGUCUUCUCAGAUACUCAACCCCUAAUCCGAUCAGUUCUUGAUGGUUAUAAUGUUUGCAUAUUUGCAUACGGCCAGACAGGAUCAGGAAAAACAUACACUAUGAGUGGGCCGAAAGAGCUUACAGAGAAAGGCCAAGGUGUAAAUUACCGGGCAUUGAAUGAUUUGUUUCUUCUCUCAGAACAAAGGAAAGAUACCUUUCGUUACGAGGUUUCUGUUCAAAUGAUUGAGAUUUAUAAUGAACAAGUAAGGGAUCUGCUGGUGACUGAUGGUUUUAACAAAAGAUUAGAAAUUCGUAACAAUUCUCAGAAGGGACUUAGUGUACCAGAUGCAAAUCUCGUACCUGUUGCAUCAACGUUGGAUGUUUUUGAACUGAUGAACCUUGGACAAAGAAAUCGUGCAGUGAGUGCAACAGCCCUCAAUGACCAUAGUAGUCGCUCUCAUAGCUGCCUGACAGUUCAUGUUCAAGGUAAAGACCUCACAUCUGGAGCUGUUUUCCGUGGGUGCAUGCAUUUGGUUGACCUGGCUGGGAGUGAAAGGGUUGAUAAAUCUGAAGUUACAGGAGAUAGACUAAAGGAAGCACAGCAUAUUAACAAAUCACUGUCUGCUCUGGGCGAUGUGAUCUCGUCCCUUGCCCAAAAGAAUUCACAUGUUCCUUACAGGAAUAGUAAACUCACACAACUGCUUCAAGAUUCUCUAGGAGGACAAGCCAAGACACUAAUGUUUGUUCACAUUAGCCCUGAUCCUGAUGCUAUUGGGGAGACAAUUAGUACACUCAAGUUUGCUGAACGGGUUUCUACUGUUGAGCUUGGUGCUGCUCGAGUAAACAAAGAUAGUGCAGAUGUCAAAGAGCUCAAAGAGCAGAUUGCUAGUCUUAAGGCAGCCUUGGCAAGGAAAGAGGGAGAAACUGAGCACCUCCAGCGUCCCAUACACUACAGCCCUGAAAAACAUGUACUGAAGGCUGGUGGAUCAUCACCUUUGCAUUCUAACAGACUGAUUGGAGGAGAUAUGUCAGGUGGUCACAGCAAUCACCGACAACCAAUGGAGGAUGUAGGAAACAUAGAGGUAAGGAAUAAUUCUGUGAUGAGGCCAAAGAUGCCAAGCCUUGAUCUACAAGAACUAUUGAUGAAUUCACCUCCAUGGCCACAGGCCAGUAGGCCUGAACAAAAUUUCCAUAAGGAGGAUGAGAGGGAAACAGGGUCUGACAAUUGGGUUGAUAAGGUCAUGGUGAACAGGCAAGAAGUUGUGUAUGGAGAUGAAAAAUCAUUGAGGCGUUGGGAUGGUGAAAAUGUCCAGUUGCCUGAGCAUUUCUUUCAGAGAUUUCUCCCGGACUCAAGGGUCUACCCGGAACAACUAUACAACAGAACUGCAGGUAACAAAAAGGAGAGCCAUGACUAUGAUCUUCAGAGAAGCCGGUUUGACAUGGCUUCAGCUGGUGAUUCUGAUGAGCUCGAGGCUGCAACCAGUGAUUCGUCUGAGCCAGACUUGCUUUGGCAAUUCAAUCAUCCCAAAGUGACCAGUAUACCGAAUGGAAUUGGAUCAAAGAUCAAGAAACCUCAACCCAAGGCAUAUAAAAGCUCAGAAAUAAGGAGUUCAAUUCCUACAUUAGGUCCUUCGCCAUCACGGAAACCAUCAUUACAUCGGAGUGGAAGGCAGCCGGUUUCUGUGGACAUGAAGCGCAGAGCUGGAAAUGGGAAGUAGGUUUUC